AUGGCAUCGGCCGCCGCGAUGCUCAGGCUAAUCGAGGCGCAGUACACGUGCGACGCCGAGCUCGAGCUCGAUGCGGUCGCCGAGCUCGCCGCGCUCGCUCCUGCCGGCUCGCGCGAGCAGCACAUGUACGCGUCGCACCUCGCCAAGAUCCGAGCCUGGGCGGAGCGGCGCGCCUUUGAGGAGGAGUACCGGUGUACCGUCUGCCUCGACCUCAUGUACGAGCCGUCGACCACCGCCUGUGGGCACACCUUCUGCCGGCCGUGCCUGCUGCGAGCCCUGUCGAACACGACGCGCUGCCCGCUCUGCCGGACAGACCUCGGCGUCGCCGUCCCCUGCGUCAACACCUCGAUGUGGAACGCGCUGCAGGCUCGGAUGCCGGAGCGGUGCGCCGCGCGGAAGAAGCAGUUUCGCCAGGAGGACGUCGCGGCGAUCCGCGCCAUGCUGUACAGCCACCGCGAUCGGCUGACGCGCGGCAGCGGCUCGCUAAACUACUUUGCGCUGGUCGAGAAUGAGUUUGCGAGCGGCUCUGGCUUCUACCGCUGCCGCUGCCCCGAGCGGUUCGUGUGCCUGCGCUUCCCCAUCCGCAACCCCGCCUCGCGCCACCGCGGCCGCAUCGCCGUGGGCUGCCCGCUGGCGGCGGACAGCGGCUGCGGGUAUUACAUGCUGGUGGAGUGA